CCAAUUUUCGCAAAUAUCCGUGGUGGUGGGUGCUUAUUUACAUUGCGCUCUCAUAGAUAGACCGUACCAGCUGAUUCGAUCUACGUUUUCCAACAUAAUUUGCUGAUGCCUCUUUUAUUUAGGGACGGCAGUUAGCAGGAUAAGUUGAUCUAUUUUAGUAUGCUUUUGAAUGUUCCUAAGCAUCCAAUAUGGCAAGGUAACUUAGGGAUGCCUUGUUUUAAUCUUCGAAAAUGGCAUGGUGGUAUCUGGUGCUGCCAUAUUAUACGAAAUAUAAAUUAGAUUAAGCUAUUGAAACGGCAGCCCUGUCCGGAAGCAAAAUAUAGUCGAAUUUUGCUGUACGUCGAGUUCGAACGUGUUUUUUAGUAUUGUUGAUGUUGAGUUAAAAAAAGCAGAGAAAAUAUAUAUCGAACUAUUUUUUGGCUUGUGGAUGCCCAGUACAACAACAAUAAUAAAUAUUUUAUUUGAUAUUGGACCCAGUUUCAUCGAGUUUUUUUGGACACGCGUUUUUUAUUAAUUAUUGCUUAAAAUUUUGGUAUCCAAUAAGAUUGUUUGUUGUUGAUGUUCGAUGUUUAAGCCUAGUUCAUCCAGAGAAUCUUAAACAAAAAAUUCUUGUAUGUUCUCUGGCUCAUCCGUGGAAUUUUUUUUACGCAUUUUGCUUUGGUAUUCAUUCGUUAAAGCAUGCUGAAGAGAACCAAAUGUAUCAACCGAAUUUUUAGUGUCACUUAUUCUAUUUCUGGCUAAGUUUUUCAUUCGAGAACAAAGAAGUAAAUUUUAACGCGUAAAAGUGCCAAAAUAAUAUAACAAGAAAUAAUAGAAGUAAAAAUCGGUGAAUAAGGCAAACACAAGAAGUGCUAAAGAAAGAACUGUCUUCCUGUUUGUGUGGCCUACGGGUUGUUUUUCUGUUUGGCUGUCGCAAAAACAACAACAAUAAAAUAAAAUAAAAUAAAAAUUGUGAUAUUGAUUUGCAAGAAAAAAUAAUUUUAUGUCGAAGUUCUGCCUUGGCUAUGGAUUGUAAAUUUGUUGUUUAUAAUGCGGCUCGAGACAACAACUUAUCGCAGUUGAAGCAUACCCUCUCCAACAGAUCAGAGUCAGAAACAAAAAUGCUUAUAUCAGCGAGAGUUAACGGAGCUACACCAUUAGUAAUUGCCUGCCGAAAUGGUCACUAUAACAUUGUGGAGUAUUUGCUAAAACGACACGCCAAUGUUGAGCAAGUAGGUUCUGUAAGUUUUGAUGGUGAACCCAUUGAGGAUGCGCCACCGUUAUGGUGCGCCGCAGCAGCUGGUCAUUAUGGUAUUGUGAAGCUUCUUGUUCAUCAUGGGGCAAACGUAAAUAGUACAACCCGCACUAACUCUACACCACUCCGCGCUGCUUGUUUUGAUGGACAUUUUGAUAUUGUCAAGUUUCUGGUGACCAAUGGUGCAGAUUUUGAAGUGGCAAAUCGUCAUGGACAUACAUGCUUAAUGAUCGCAUGCUACAAAGGUCAUUAUAAGAUCGCUCAGUAUCUAUUAACAUUAAACGCAGAUGUGAAUCGGUGUAGUAUAAAAGGAAAUACAGCUUUGCAUGAUUGUGCAGAAUCUGGUUCAUUGGAGAUUUUGCAAUUGUUGUUAAAGCAUGGCGCAACAAUGGAUGUCGAUUAUUACGGUAUGACGCCGCUUUUGGCUGCGAGCGUGACGGGGCAUUUACCAAUUGUAGAACAUCUUAUUACCUUGGCCUGCGUUAGUAGAAAAAGUCGCAUCGAUGCUUUAGAACUAUUGGGUGCUACUUAUGUAGACAAAAAACGUGAUAUGAUCAGCGCUUUGUCCUUGUGGCGAAGGGCAAUGGAGGAUCGAAAUCAAGAACCUAAAAUACCAAAAACUAUUAGCGAGCCAAUUGCUGCAUACGAAUAUGUAUCGGAAGUGAAAACAAUAGAAGGACUCGAAGAGUUAGUGCUAGAUCCCGAUGAAAUGCGAAUGCAAGCUUUAGUUAUACGACAGCGUAUUUUAGGCCCUACGCAUCCUGAUACAAGCUACUACAUACGUUUCAGAGGAGCGCAUUAUGCAGAUGCUGGACGUUUCGAUCGUUGUAUUGAGUUAUGGACGUAUGCUUUGACGAUGCAGCAGAAAAUUUUACAACCUCUCAGCCCAAUGACCCAAUCAUCUUUGUUAUCAUUUGCGGAACUGUUUAGUUUUAUGCUUGUUGAAGCAGGUCGUUUGUUGCCACGCGGUCGAAUUGUUCCUCCAAUUGAAGCCAGAGACAUGUUGCUGAUAUUUAAUAAGGCUGUUCUAGAAGUGGAGCGAGGCCUUAAAUGGACUAUAGAACAGGAAAAAACUCCUAUUGCAGUACCAUCAAUACAUGAUUGUAAUCACGAUCCGAACGCGUUGAGCCGCGCCUUAGUAAGCGCUUUACAUAUUGGUUGUUUAUUGGCUUCACUUGAAGAAGAUGAAAGUUUCUGUCCAAAUAUGCGCAAACAAAUUUUAUAUUCUUUGUACAAGUUGAAUCGGCUUAAAGUGUCUGUUCGAUCAGGCCGAACAGCUUUACACUACGCUUGUUACCGAGAAGGUACACUUGUCGGUCGUUAUCCAGCUUGUCAGUUUCCUUCGCCAGCAUUAGCUAAAGCUCUACUUGAAGUUGGAGCUGAUCCAAAUGCUAGGGAUGAUGCAGGCAACUCUCCUUUGCAUUUAGCUGCAACAGCGCAACAAUGUCCACGUUCGCUUUCAAAAGUUCUUUUAAAACAUGGUGCACAUUUGGAUGCCAAAAAUGAUGCCGGUGAAACCUUCGAAUCAUUGUUGAAACCCCGAAAAAUACAUGAAGUCGUUAAUCCAUUGAAAUAUACCACACUAGCUUGUUUGGCCGCACGAACGAUACAGAAACAUCGAAUUAAAUAUACAAACAUUGUGCCUCCAUCGCUUUACACAUUUAUUGAAAUUCAUUAAUUGCUGUAGUGCGUCAAAACCGCGAUGAAUAAUGGUACAUAGAACGCUUACAGUGUGGAUGACUAUUAACCAUGUGACAAAUGAUCGCGGUUAUGAAUAAUUUGUGAUCGUUUUUUUCAUAUUUGAUUCAAUAAUAUUUUACGUGUAUAUUGCUUAUCGAGUCACAUAUAAGGAAACAUUUAAGUUAAUUAUACUAACGUUCAUGUUUAUUUUCGUUUUCUUUAAUAUUUGCACUGAUAAAUAUAAUGUAACAAAAUACAAUAGACUUGAGCGGGUUCAAUGUUAAAUUGUUUUUAAAUCAUUGCCACGGAAUAAAAUAUUGUAGGAUCAUUUAAUGACAAACAGAAAAAGUCUGUGCAAGUGACAAACUAAGGGCAUUGAUAAACAUAUUAAGUUUUAUACGAAAGUGUUUGACCAAAAAUAAUGUCGAAAAGGCAAAAUUGUAAAACUCUUAUGGAUUACUUAAUCAAUUUUGUGUCUAGGAUUAAGUAUAUACUACAUUCAUAUAAAUAUAUUCAUAGAAAGAAGAGAAAUCAAACGACUAGGCAAAUAAGUAUAACAAAAUAAACUUCAUAAUUUGCAAACCGCUAUUUUCAAUGUAUAGUUGCAUCGUCAAUUUA